UGAUAGCAAUUCAUUGUAUUAAACUCUCACAGUUAAAAUAACCGGUAUGAUUUGUUUCUUGCCUUGAUCCUGACUGAUCCCAAGAAUAGGUGGGUUAAAUCCUCAUUUAUUAUUGCAGCAAGUUAAUAGAUCAUGUGUGACUAAUGUUAAUAAAUCAAACCUUGGCAGUGUUAGCACAUUAUAUAGAGAUGUGGGGGUAACCACGAGAAUAACAGCAGACAUGUUUAAAAGUAGCCACCUCUAGGGAGAGGGCUGCGUUUGGGAGUGAGCACGGAUGUUGCUCAUCUGUACAAUUUCUUUUUAAUGUAUAAACAUUUGUUUGAUUAAAAAAAAAUUUAAUUCCUUAUCCUCUCUCUUCAUGUUUAGCGGGUAAUCUCAUUGUUAGGGAAUGGAGAAAAUGCAAAAUCUCCUAAGAUUUUAAAGUAAAAUCUGGUGGACUUAAGAGUGAAAGAAUUAUUCAGCAUUUUUUGGUAAGUGAGAAAAGGAAAUGCUCAAAUUCAAGACUUCAAACAGUUGUAGCCAAUACUAAUGAAUAACCAUAUAUUGAAUAAAUGCCAACCAAUUUAGUAAAUCAUAAUAACACAUUGAAUACAUAAUUCAAUGCUAAAUUGAAUAAAUAAUUAUCGUUAUAAUUGAACAAGUUAAACUAUGUCUCCAUAAAACAGUAUGAAAUAAAGUUAUUUGCUUUGGGCUGUUAAAAGUAAAUGAAAAAGAAAGGCCAUGGUGAAAAGAUCAAUCAGAGUCGGUGGAUGACAGAAACAUUAAGACUCAGUUUGCCCAAAGCGUCUCAUUUUAGACAUGAGUGAGGCGAGCUCCAGAAAAGACUUGGUUAAAACUGAAUGAAACUUUGCUGUUAUCUAUACUCCCAGAAGACCGACGUUGGACUCCUACAGUGUGUCAGGCAUAGUGCUAGGUCCUGGGGACUCCAGGGUCCAUUUCAUCCAAAACUUUCAGCCUGAUAAGAAAAGACAGAAAUUCAGGGAACACACAGUAUCCCUCUUAUGUCCAGGCCCAUUGACAAGGGCUGUCCCGUGUGAUAGUUCGUUUAGGCUUCCCAACAAGGCUGUAAGGUAAGUGGUAUUAUCUCCACAUCACAGAGGAGGAAACUGAGACUCUAAAGAGGCAAAAUAAUUGCCCAAAGCCAGGAACGUCUGAUCCCACAACCCCUGUGCUCUCAUCCGCAACAUUGUGAUCUACAAGGUCAUGGUCAUGAUAUUGGGAGGGUGGUGGGGGAAGGAGAGAGGAGAGCAGUUUUUGAAGAGCAUCUCCCCCUAAAUCAGACUUGUUUAACUUAAAGACCAGUUUCAAUUAAGCCUCAUGGUAGGAAACAACCUCUCUCUGGGCCUGGUUCCUACAAUACUGACACUCAAUCUUUCUGCCACAGGAAAAGAAGUUUGCUAUGAAAGGGUGGGGUGCUUUAAAGAUGGUUUCCCAUGGACUGGGACUUUGUCAAGACAGUUGGCAGGUCUACCCUGGUCUCCAGAAGAGAUAAACACUCGCUUUCUGCUCUACACGAGACAUAAUCCCAAAGCUUAUCAGGAGAUCAGUGCAGUUAAUUAUCGAACUAUCCAAGCCUCACACUUUGGGACAGACAAGAUGACCCAUAUCAACAUACCCGGAUGGAAAUCAGAUGGAAAAUGGCAGCAAGACAUGUGCAAUGUGCUACUCAAAGUGGAAGAUGUGAACUGCAUUAACGUAGACUGGAUUAACGGUUCACUGGAAUAUAUCCAUGCGGUAAACAACCUCCGCGUUGUCGGUGCCGAGGUGGCAUAUCUUACUGAUGUUCUCAUGAAAAAGUUUGGAUAUUCUCCUUCAAAAGUGCACUUGAUUGGCCACAGCGUGGGAGCACAUCUGGCUGGGGAAGCUGGGUCAAGGGUACCAGGCCUUGGAAGAAUAACUGGGUUGGACCCAGCUGGGCCAUAUUUCCACAACACUCCAAAUGAAGUUAGGCUGGACCCUUCAGAUGCCAACUUUGUUGAUGUUAUUCAUACAAAUGCAGUUCGCUUACUCUUUGAGUUUGGUGCUGGGACUAUUAAUGCUUGUGGUCACCUUGACUUUUACCCAAAUGGAGGAAAGCACAUGCCAGGAUGUGAAGACUUAAUUACACCUUUGUUUAGCUUUGAUUUCAAUGCUUAUAAGGAAGAAGUGGCUUCCUUCUUUGAUUGCAACCAUGCCCGAAGUCAUCGCUUUUAUAUUGAAAGCAUCCUCAAUCCUGAUGCAUUUAUUGCUUAUCCUUGUAGAUCCUACAGAUCUUUUAAAGCGGGAAAUUGCUUCCAUUGUCCCAAAGAAGGCUGCCCAACAAUGGGUCAUUUUGCUGAUAGAUUUCACCUCAAAAAUAUGCAGCCUAAUAGAUGGUAUUAUUUUUUAAACACAGGCACUCUUUCCCCAUUUGCCCGUUGGAGUCACAAGUUAUCUGUCAGACUCGACGGGAACAAUGUCACCCAAGGGAGCAUGUUUCUCCGUGUAGGUGGAACCACUGGGAAAACAGGGGCAUUGGUGAUAGCCAGUGGAACACUUAAGCCAGGCAUGACUUACACAAAAUUAAUUGACGCAGACGUUAAUGUUGGAAAUGUUACCAAUAUCGAGUUCUUUUGGAAGGAACUUUUGUUUGGACGCUCUCAGAAUAAGUUGGGAGCAGAAACGGUGAUAGAUAUAUCUGGAAAAUAUGGAUACGAAUCUACCUUCUGUAGCCAGGACAUUAUGGGACCCAAUAUUGCUCAGAUCCUGAAGCCAUGCCAAUCUCAGAUACAGUCUUGAUGGAUUUAUUUAAUGGGAGCAGUGAAAGAAAGAAUCUCCUUCUAGCUGGUAUCCGAACCAAACUUGGCCUUUGUGAAUGAGAUAGACAAGUACAGUUGUUGUUGCUUUUUAUAUAGAAUUUUUUCCUCACGGAUAAACUUCGUAAGUGCCUUAAUAACAGACUGAGUCCUAGGACAAGGUAUGGUAAGGUAAUCUGAAGGAAUCUGAGUAUCAGUGACAAAAUAAAGCUGUGUGGGAAUUUCCCUGAAUGAGAAGAGGAGAGGCCCAAGUGUGCUGGAAUAAAUCCACUGGGCAAAAGCGAGACUCUGGUUGAGUAUUUGAAGUACGUUUUGAGUAUUUCCAGGUCAAAUAAUCAUUGUUCUAAAAUGAUUUAAAGAAUAUUUAUUCUGUUGUUAAAUCUUGCUAGGACAAAUUAUGACUGUAGUUCAUGAUAUAUAGUGAUGAUAACCCUGUGGGUUAAUAUGCUUAUGUAUUAAUAAUGAAAACCGAUGAGAGUACAUUAGUAUUUCCAAGUUGUUCCUUGGUCUUCAGGUGUAUGUAAAGUAAACGAGAUUUGGGGGGCCUAUCUGUGACGUGUACACCAGUUAGCAAUAGGCCCUGAGGAUCAUCAGCCCCUUCUCUAGAAGCUCCCCUGCCAGGGAAGAAUUACUCCUCUCUGGGCCUUGUAAGUUCCAUAGCAAAUUUGCAUUUAACCUAAAGGCAGCAUUUCACUUGUAAAGCACUUGACUAUCCCUUUGUGUUUGCAAUAAAGUACUGUAAUAUUUAAAUGUACCAAUUUUUUAAAAAAAUUCCUUCCGUCUUUUGUAAUUCAGUUGUCCUUAUCCAUGGCAAAUGACAGAUGAACGUUUUUAUUUGCUCUGUUUUCUAAUGGGUUCAGUGGUUAGCCCGCAGCACUCUACUGUAAAUGUUGUUAAAAAGAAAUGAUGACAGAUCCUCUGCAGAAGUUUUCUUGAUUCUCCUUGAUGCCUUAAUGCCAAGUCAACCUCAAGAAGAGGCCCCCGGAUGUACUUAAACUUGUGUUGGGGCAGACAGUAGAGAACAAAAUGGGGUGGCUCUUUCCCACUGUGCAAAUAGGAGCUAGCCGACUGAUGGGAGCCCAAGACUCGCUGGAAGGAGGGAAGGAGCUGCAGACACAUUUGGCAGGGUCUGGGGUCUGGUUGAUCAAAUGCUCUCUGGUGGGCGUGUCAGCCCCAGGCCUUGGCCAGUGCAGGAGCAGGAUGGCCAUGAGCAGCCCCAUGGGAGAGUCCGAGUCCUCCUAACACUGUGGCAGACCCAGCAUACCUUGGCAACCUGGCGGUAGAGUCCGCCCCCUGGCUCUGGGGACAAGAAACCUUCCUGUGAAAGCAGCUGUCCUGAGCCUGCGCUGUUCCCCGCUCAGCCUUUCUUUCUUUCAAAAACGGCUUGGCCACCAGCAGGAAGAGUUCUGGAUCAAGUCACAGCAUGAGGCUCCGUGAGUCCUGGCCUGCCUCCUUGCCCAAGAGGCUUCUUGGCUGCUUCUUUCUAAGCUUGAAAAGACGAAUGGGAACCAAUUAACUUCUGGAAACCCUAUUUUAAUAAAGUACAAACUUUCCAUUCCAUAGAUCUU